CAGGAAGACACGAUUAUUUCUGGUGAGCGCUCACUUGACAAUGAUACGCAGUUUUUGACGGACAAACAACCGGACGGACGGACAACCAAGUGGACAGCUUCACGGUGGGCGUGGGCCGUUUAUUGCUACAAGAUCAAGAAGCAGAAGAACCUUCGCCAAGGCAGCAUCAUGUCGUCCAUUCCUCUGACCGCAUUGGCGGUUCUUGUCCUGGCGGUUCCGCUCAACUGUCAAGCCGCCACCGACGGAGCGGUUCGGGACGUGAUGGACAGAAGCUUCCUCUUUUCAACGCGUUUGUACCAGGCGCUGGCGAGCCGCACCGACGACAACGUUUUGGUGUCGACGGUAUCGGUGUGGCGCGGCCUGGCGGCGCUGCUAGGCGGUACCGGCGGGACAACGCAAGAGGAGCUGCUGGCGGCGCUCGGACUCACCGGAUUGGACCCUCAAAACAUUCCAGAUGCGCUGUCGACGUUGACGAGCGGGCUCUACCUGAAGCAGGGCGUGGCCGUGUUCGCCGACCCCAGCGCGCAGGCGUCCCCGUCGUUCGCCGACUUUCUGCAAAGCAACUACAGCGGCGACGUGAAGAGCGUGGCCUUUGACCCGCCGCGGGACGCUGCCGACGCCGUCAACGUGUGGGUCCGCCAGCAGAUCGGUGAUGAGGUUCAGGACGCAGUUGCCGACGUGGACCCCCAGGCAAAGUUGCUCCUCGCCACCGCCGCCUCCUACCAAGCCCAAUUCAGCCAAGCGUUCAACGCCAGCGUCACUCAGGUGGAACGCUUCUACGUGGACAACUACCACGUGGUGACGGUCCCCAUGAUGUUCCGGGCCGACAAGUACUACCUGGCGUACGACCGCUCGCUCAAAGCCGGCGUGCUCAAGCUGCCCAUGACGGACGGGGCGGCCGCCUUGGUGGUGCUGCCCGACCAAGACGUGGACAUCGGCUCGGUGGAGGAGGCAGUCACCGAGGAGAAGAUCCGAGCCUGGAUCCGGCAGCUGAAGAAGACGAAGCUGGAGGUGCAGUUACCACGCUUCUUCUUGGAUCGCUCCUACUCUCUGAAGGACGUCCUGGGCUCUCUGGACAUGGUCCAAGUCUUCCAGGAUGACGCCGACCUCAGCAAGCUGGGGGCCGCUCCAGGGCUCAAAUUGUCACAGGUUCUUCACAAAGCCGUCGCCGCGAUAGAUGAGGGCAGCCAAGGAGCCACCUUAGGAGGCGGAGCCAGCGUCUUCUCCACUCCUCCCCCUCGACUGACCAUCAACCGACCGUUCCUCUUUUUGGUCUACCAUCAGAGCAGCGGCGGCCUGCUCCUGAUGGGGCGAGUGCGCGACCCCACCAAGAAAUAAGUCCGUCUUCCGGGUCGUCCGCAAAGGUUGAAUGGAGGCAACUGGGGGGGGGGGGGCAGGUGGUGGAUGCGGUGAAAAGAACAAAGAGGGAGACUCGGCGCCUUCAAAUUUCAAAGAGGCCGAAAUGUCAACAAACGACACGUUGCCUCCGUUCAAACUUUGCGACUCGACAUCCUUUGCGCCGCUGUUAUUUAGCAAGUGCAGUACCCAACGUGUCCAGAGGGGCGGCGCUGUCUGCAUGCUUUGCACCCUUUCACACUAUGCCCGAUUGUUUCCUGUUGUCAUUACAAAUACAUACUAUUCAUUUGUAUUUAACAA